AUGCACAACACUGAUCAGACAGUUGCAGGCUUGCCCAGCGCGCGGCUCUCACAGUUGGCUUCGCCCCAACUCAUGAAGAAAUUCCGCAGGGAUACUAUUUUGGGAUCAAAGCACUCAGCGCUCAGAGAUGAAAUGAGUGCUAUUUUGCAGCCAAAUGUGCCGGAUAUCUGCAGCAGGAGGGGCAAUCGGGAGACUGAGACACUUCAGGGCUACGCUGGCAAGUACACUAACAAAAUCAAUGAUUCAACCUAUUGUCACGGAAGCAAGAAACAGUCCUCAGAAACCAAUAAGUCGGAUCAGGUGGCCACCUUGUUUGCUAGUGUGGGUUCAAAGGCAGAGGUGCCACACAGUGGCCUCCGAUCCCUGAGACAAUAUUUCUCUCCCGAUCAGCUUAACGAGGCGUUUUGCACGAAGUUCCACGUCACAGACGCUUUAACCGGCCGCACAGAAAUCAUGACGGCCAGGCGUCCUGGAAAAGCCUCAGCAGAAGUAAAGUUUACCGCCUUCGAUCCAUAUGUGGCAUCCAGGGCGCGGAAAAGCUCUGUGGAGAAGGCUAAGGACAACAUUGAACACGAUAUCCUGGGUCUGAUGCCUAAGGAGAAUCAGGGGGUGAAAGACUUCCUGGGCACCACUAUCAGGCAUCAUCGGGCGGCAGCACUUGAGUGUAGCGAGAAUUGGAUUAUCCCCACAGAAAGCGCCAGCGUAUGCAGACCACUUGGCCUUCCUCGGCGCCGUGAAGCCUUUCCCUGGACUAUCGAGACACGAAACAACAUAGCACAUAUCUACGACGGGGCUCAUCCAGCAAGUCCCCGUGUUACGCGGUCGUGCAUCAGACCUGCCAGCAUUCCAUCCUAG